AUGAACAUCUUCAGGUUGUCAGCCGAUUUCUCUCAUCUCGCAUCUAUUUUCAUUCUCUUGCAGAAGAUGAAGUCAUCGAGUAGCUGCUCGGGGCUAUCAUUUAAAUCUCAGGUUCUAUACCUAAUGGUUUUCGUCACGCGAUAUCUUGACUUGUUUUGGGCUUUUACCGACUCCCUCUACAAUACAACUUUCAAAAUCUUGUUCAUAGGCUCUUCCGCUUAUAUCAUUUAUCUUAUGCUCACCGAGUACAAGCCCACGCAUGAUCCGAACCUCGAUACCUUCAAGGUGCAAUAUCUUCUCUGCUUCAGUGCCCUUUUGGCUUUGUUGUUUCCCCACGACUACACUAUCUCCGAGAUUCUUUGGACGUUUUCCAUAUGGUUGGAAUCCGUCGCCAUUCUUCCGCAGCUUUUCAUGCUUCAGCGCACCGGAGAGGCAGACACCAUAACGACACACUACCUUUUUGCGCUAGGCCUCUACCGCGCUCUUUACAUCCCCAAUUGGAUCUACCGGUAUUAUGCUGAACGUCACUUUCACAUCAUUCCAGUCAUUGCUGGCAUCGUACAAACACUACUGUAUUCUGAUUUCUUCUAUAUAUACUAUACCAAGGUGAUGAAGGGUAAAAAGUUCUCACUCCCGGUCUAG